AAAUAAGGCGGCUUCAUUCAUGGCAGCUUGGGUCGAUCCCAGAUCGACGAACCCUAGAACUAGAAGCCAUGGACUCGUCGUCGUCGUCGGCGUUGGCGAGACAGACAUGGGAGCUGGAGAACAACAUCGUGGCGGUGGAUGGCAGUUCCGGGGCAGCCGGCGCUGAUGCGGACGCGAUCUACUUCUACGAUGAGGCGGCGCAGGUCAAGUUCCAGCAGGAGAAACCAUGGGCGCAAGAUCCCAACUACUUCCGUCGCGUGAAGAUCUCGGCACUAGCGCUGCUGAAGAUGGUAGUGCACGCCCGCUCAGGCGGAACCAUCGAGGUCAUGGGCUUGAUGCAGGGGAAGACUGAAGGCGAUACCUUCGUCGUCAUGGAUGCCUUUGCGCUUCCAGUGGAGGGCACGGAGACCCGCGUCAAUGCCCAGGCUGACGCAAACGAGUACAUGGUGGAGUACUCGCAGACCAACAAGCAGGCUGGACGGUUGGAAAAUGUAGUGGGCUGGUAUCACUCCCACCCUGGCUAUGGUUGCUGGUUAUCAGGCAUUGAUGUGUCGACACAGAUGGAUAAUCAGCAAUUUCAGGAGCCUUUCUUAGCUGUUGUAGUUGAUCCUACAAGGACUGUCUCAGCUGGAAAAGUGGAGAUUGGUGCAUUUAGGACAUAUCCUCGAGGAUACAAACCACCCGAUGAACCUGUGUCUGAAUACCAAACCAUCCCACUUAACAAGAUUGAGGAUUUCGGGGUUCACUGUAAACAGUAUUAUGCAUUAGACAUAACUUAUUUCAAGUCUUCCUUGGAUUCACACCUCCUGGAUCUACUCUGGAACAAGUAUUGGGUCAACACACUGUCGUCUUCUCCUCUACUUGGAAAUCGAGACUAUGUUGCUGGUCAAAUUUCAGAUUUGGUGGAAAAGCUGGAACAAGCUGAAAAUCAACUGGCUCAUACACGAUUUGGAUCCUUUCUUUUGCCUUCACAACGAAAGAAAGAGCCUGAGGAAUCUCAACUGACCAAGAUAACACGCGAUAGCUCCAAAAUUACCGUGGAACAGGUGCACGGUCUCAUGUCUCAGGUUAUCAAGGACAUUCUCUUCAACUCUGUUGGUCAUUCGAGCCGAUUACGCGCUAGCCUUCCUGAUUUGACUGAACCGGAACCCAUGGUUGAAUCUUGAAAGAUGGGAAACCAAUGCACCCUUUCGUUCUUAUUGCAAUACAACUUGUUGAAAGUUUUGUAUGGCUUUUUGCCGUCCUCUUAUGCGUAGGAUGUCUUGGCGCCUGCAACAACUGAGAACAGUAAAGUAUCAGCAAGAGGUUAUGUCAGCUACUUCCUCUGUUAAUGUCUGAUGCUUUACAAGUUGUUUUGGUUUUUUUAUGGCUAAUUAAUUUGAAAGUUAUAUAUAGCUUAAAAGUAAGUAAUA